AUGCCUACUUUAUUCAGAACAGCUGCAGCAGCAACGGCUGUUUUGGCGUUGGCGGGAACCUCCUAUGCAGAGCCUGCUGGUGCUUUUAUCCAACAACAAAUCGAUGGCUUAACCGAUACUUGGCGUCAGGCCCAUGAUGUUGUCGAGGAAGGUAUCAAGGAUUGGUGGUCGCUUCCCUCCAAAGACUCUAUUGAAGAUAUCGCCAAGGAUUGGUGGCCCUUCCCCAUUGGAGAACAAGAUGAGGAACGUGCUGAUGGCUUCCUCAAGGCUUUCACUCAUCCAGCUUUCCCCGAGUAUUCGAUGCGUUACAAGUAUCCCGAUCUCUGCGACUCGAGUGUAAAGCAGAUUAGCGGUUACCUCGAUGUUGACUCGGAUAAGCAUUUCUUCUUUUGGUUCUUUGAGUCUCGCAACAAGCCUGAAGAAGAUCCUCUCGUCCUAUGGCUCAAUGGUGGUCCAGGAUGCUCUUCAUUGACUGGUCUAUUUGCGGAAUUGGGCCCCUGCAUGGUGAAUGAAGCAGGUGAUGACACUAUCCUCAAUGAGUACUCCUGGAAUAAGAACUCAAGCAUCAUUUUCUUGGAUCAGCCAUUGAAUGUCGGCUAUUCUUAUGGCAAUGGUGGUGCUCGUAACUCGAUUGCUGCUGCCAAGGAUGUGUAUGCCUUCCUUCAAUUGUUCUUUAAAGAAUUCUCACAAUACUCGACACUCGACUUCCACAUUGCCGGUGAAUCAUAUGCUGGUCAUUACAUCCCAGCCAUUGGUGGUGAGCUGAACCGCAACAACAAGGGCAGCUACAGCUUCAACACUGCAAGCUUGACUGAAUAUGCAUCCACGCUCGCCAAGAUCAACCUAAAGUCGUUGAUCAUUGGUAAUGGUUUGGUCGAUCCUUUGAUACAAUACAAGUACUAUUCCAAGAUGGCAUGCGAAAACUCAUACGGCCCUGUGCUUGAUCAAUCCACGUGCAACAGCAUGGAUCGCCAAUACCCUGCUUGCAAGACCUUGAUCGAGAACUGCUACAGCUCGCAAAAUGUCUUUUCGUGUCUCCCAGCAGCCAUGAAGUGCAACAAGGAUCAAAUCCAACCUUAUCAGGCAACUGGCAUGAAUCCCUAUGAUGUUCGCAAGGAAUGCACUGGUGGCAAUUUGUGUUAUGACAUUCUUGGCAGUGUCCAAAAAUACCUCAACCGCCCCGAAGUGAUGAAGGCUAUUGGUGCCCAAGUUGACAAGUAUGAAAGCUGCAACAUGGCUAUCAACUUCCAAUUCAACAUGGCUGGUGAUUGGAUGCGUCCCUAUGUGAAUGAAGUAGCUCCUCUUUUGGAAGAUGGCAUUCGUAUCCUUAUCUACGCUGGUGAUGCCGACUAUAUCUGUAACUGGAUGGGCAACAAGGCAUGGACCAUUGCCUUGCCCUGGAGUGGCCAUGAAGAAUUUGCUGCUGCCGAGGACACUGAAUGGAUCUCAACUACUGCUGGUGAACAAGGUGGUGAAUUGCGUCGCACCAAGGAUGGCCGAUUUGCUUUCUUGCGUGUCUUUGACUCGGGCCACAUGGUUCCUAUGGAUCGUGGUGAUUAUGCCAUCGACAUGUUGAAUGAUUGGUUGCACGAGAAGCUCGCUUAA